GCUGCUGCGAAUCCAGAUGCACAAUUUACUUUUACAUGGUACAUUUGCGUUAAAUUAUCAUUUGAUAGAUAAAUUAUAUAAUAACUUUACUAUAGUAUUUACUUGUUAGUAUACUUCAAUAAUCAAUAACCACAAAAUAGAAUGCUAUUGUACGAUUCGAUUGAUAUGAUCUAUAUUCUAUAAAGUAUAAGCCCAAAACCGUGUUUAUUAAAUUAAAUGUACGAGUCACGAAAAUAAAAUACACAUUACGGUAAUUGUCGUUCUGCCUCUUGAGUUAUUAUAUUACAGAACAUAAGACAUUAACAUAAUAUAAAAUAGAAUAAUAGAAUAAGGUAAUAUAUAUAGUAUAUCAUGUGUGGUGGUGUAAUCUACAUGGAAAAGUUAUAAACAUUUUUAAUAGUAUGUACCUACUGUAUAUGACGUAAUUUGAACUGAUUUCUAAAUAAAUAAUAUAAUGAAUUACCAUAUUAUCGUAAAAUCGAAUGCAUAUAAAUUACUAAACUCAAUACCACYAAAUGUAUACAGCAUAGAGUAAGAAUACAGUCAGUUAGAGGUUGUGUACAAUAUUUACCUCGGACAAUAACUAGUCAGUAGUCAUGACUUCUAAUCUAUUCAAGUCGUUUAGUAGCAUACCAGAGCCAAAAAGAUGGCCUCUACUGGGUCACACAUAUUUGUUCAUCCCAAAAAUUGGUCCUUACAACUCUCAACGUCUGACAGAAGCAAUGGGUGACAUAGAACGUAUGUUGGGCCCAGUGUUUAAACUGAUUUUGGGUGGCACAACAAUGGUCGUUGUCACAAGAGUGGAAGAUGCCAAAACAAUGUUUGCCCAUGAAGGCAAGCACCCAGMAAGACCCAUAUUUCCGGCAUUAAACCUACUYAGAAAAAAACCAUUUGGCACUGGAGGAUUAGUAUCUGAAAAUCACUAUAUUUGCAUCAUUUUGAUUAUUGAGGUUUUAAUAAAUGUUAUUUUUUUCCAUUCAGCAAUUUCUAUAGUCUCACCCGGCUUAAGAAUAAAAUGUUUAAACACGACCAUGWCUGAAUGUUUUGUAGAAGCAGGAAAUAAAUUCAUGGAUGGAUUGUACAACACUCUCAAUGAACCGCCUAUAUGGAAAUUUUAUAAAACAAAUGCCUUUAGAAAUCUAGAAAGCUCACAUUCUACAUGUAAAAAUUUUAUUGAUGAAUACCUGAAACAGAAUCAUGACCACAAUGCUCUAGUUAAUGCUAUAAAUACAAAUUCCAAAUUAUCAAAAACUGAUAUUAAUUUACUUGUGCUAGAAAUAUUUUUUGGCGGGAUUGACGCUACUGCUACUACAUUGGCAAUGACAUUGUAUUAUAUUUCUCAAGAUGAAAAUGUACAAAAAUCUUGUCAAAAAGAUAUCUUACAAGGUACAAAAUAUGCAUAUCUAAAGGCUUGUAUAAAAGAAACACUUAGAYUGUCCCCUACUGCAGGUGCAAAUGCCAGAUAUCUCCCAAAAACCACUGUCAUUGGUGGUUACGAAAUUCCAGAAAAUACAUUGGUGAUGGCGUUCAAUUCUUUAACAUCAACAAAARAUAUAUACUUUAAAGCUCCAUUAGAGUAUCAGCCCAGUCGAUGGUUAAGAAAUUCUCCCAACAACCAAAAGUUUGAUCCGUAUGCUUCAUUACCUUUUGGACAUGGACCUAGAAUGUGCCCAGGGAGACACGUCGCUAUGCAAGAAAUGACAAUACUUCUAUCAGAAUUAAUUAAGAAUUUCAAAAUUAGUAUGCCAACUGAACAAACAAAAAAAAUUGGCAUGAUCUAUCGCAUGAACAGAAUACCAGAUAGUCCCAUAGAUUUAAUAUUCAACAAUAGAUAAACACAUUUUUUUCGCAAAACAUUAUUUAGUUUUUUUAAUUUUUUAAAUA